GUGAUCAGCCAUUGACUUCCCUCGUUGAGGAGUAGUAGUCGUGUGUACCUGCGAGCCUCACCAGGGUCACCUUUACUCUUAUUGCCCUUUCAGCGUCUUAACUGGAACGUUUGGUUUAUUUCUGGGAGUGAUUUUGGUGUUGCUUGGGUUUCCACUUCACCGGCCUGCCUGCCAAAUAUUGAGUAUCGGGCGGCAGAUGACAGUGACAGGCAGGGUGUUGGUAGCUGGUCGGUGAUAAGAGAUAACUUGGUAUAGGCGGCUGUCAGGCGCAGAUAAAACGGACAAUAACGGUCUAAACUCGACAAUGAAGUGACAACAAGCUCAACGACUCAACGGCUAUGGAGACGGUAUGUUGACCCAACGGCUGGGGGACUAAAAUGUUUCUCCGAGUGGACUUACUGAACAAGAAACACCUCGACGCCACCUAUCACUGGAUCUGACUGAUCUCCCUAAUGCCAUACUUCCUUCACUUUUUUGUCUAAUUUAGCUCGUAUCUAGUACGUAGCUGACAACUCGAACGAUGUGGCUUUUAAUUCGUAUGUCGGGAUGCACACACGCAGUGCAUUUAUCCAAACUAAGGCUAACACAGCCCAGGAUGUUAUGCCUGGAGCACCGCCUGACCCUCUCAGCUUCCCUGCGGAGGAAGACACAGUCGACCGGGGUCAAGUCCUCAGUCCGUCCGACACCCAGGCCCUUCGCGUCGCUCCUGCCCUGCAGCCCCCUCAGAGCUCUCUCUGUACUCUGUUCACACACCUCCAGGUCGACAGCCCGAGCACGGACAGUCUCACAUACACCUGUUGCCUUUGCCAACAACUCAGCCUCCUCCACACCCACACAGGCCGGAUCAGUGAAGACCCAGACGGACACGGAGAGAGAACAAACGCCUAGCACGGUCCCUCUGGAGGACGUGAAACGGAUUUUGCGACUUGCUCACCCGGAGAGAUGGAGACUGGCAGCUGCUGUAGGCUUCCUAACUGUCUCCAGUGCAGUAACCAUGUCAGCUCCAUUCCUCCUGGGUAAAGUGAUUGACACCAUCUACACCACAGGAACAGAUCCAGAGACAAUGGCAGCCUCCCUGACAUCGUUGUGUAUCAUGUUGACGGGUGUGUUUCUGUGUGGUGGGGCAGCCAAUGCCGCCAGAGUCUACCUCAUGCAGAUCUCAGGUCAGCAGAUUGUUCGUAAUCUCCGCACCUCUGUCUUCUCCUCCAUCCUCAGACAGGAAGUGGCAUUUUUUGACAGGAACAGGACCGGCGAGCUCAUCAACCGCCUCUCGGCCGACACAGCCGUGGUGGGCCGCUCAGUCACAGACAAUCUGUCAGAUGGGCUGAGAGCUAUUGCCCAGGCAGCUGCUGGUGUCAGUAUGAUGUUCUAUGUCUCCCCCACUCUGGCAAGCUUUGUGUUGCUGAUUGUUCCUCCUGUGGCCGGUCUUGCCGUAGGCUAUGGCAGAUACCUUCGCUCCAUCUCCAAACGCACACAGGACUCACUCGCACAAGCCACACAGCUGGCAGAGGAGCGUAUCAGCAACAUGCGGACAGUCAGGGCUUUUGGUAAAGAGCUGUCAGAGGUCAACAAAUACACACAGAAGGCAGAACAGGUCCUCAGCCUGGCCAGAAAGGAAGCUGUGCUACGAGCUGGUUUCUUUGGAGUGACUGGCCUCAGUGGUAACAUCAUGAUCCUGUCAGUGCUCUACAAAGGAGGCCUUCUGAUGGCCAACCAGCACAUGACUGUUGGAGAGCUCUCAUCGUUCCUCAUGUACACCUUCUGGGUGGGCAUCAGUAUCGCAGGUCUGAGUUCAUUCUACUCUGAGCUGAUGAAGGGUUUUGGAGCGGGAGCCCGACUGUGGGAGCUGCUGGACAGAAAGCCUGAGUUCCCUCUAAAUGAAGGCCUGAUGCUCCCUCCAGACCAGCUGAAGGGCCGGCUAGAGUUCUGUGAUGUCUCCUUUGCCUACCCAACCCGUAAGGAGGCUCCUAUUUUCCAGAACCUCAGUGUGCUGAUCCCGGCCGGUACCAUCAUGGCAGUGGUGGGAUCCAGUGGGUCUGGAAAAUCGACUCUGGUCUCGCUGCUGCUCAGGCUGUACGACCCUGAUGCUGGCAUCAUCACCAUAGAUGGUCAUGACGUCAGGGAUCUCAAUCCCUAUUGGCUCAGGAGUCACAUUGGAACUGUCAGCCAGGAGCCAGUGCUGUUUUCUUGUUCUAUCAGGGAUAAUAUUGCAUACGGUGCAGUGGACCCAGACAAUGUGUCCACAGAGGACAUUUACAGGGCAGCAAGAGUGGCCAACGCCUAUGAUUUCAUCCAGGCUUUUCCUAAGGGCUUUGACACUAUAGUUGGGGAGAAAGGAGUGCUGCUGUCAGGUGGUCAGAAGCAGAGGAUAGCCAUAGCCAGAGCUCUGCUCAAGAAUCCUAAGAUCCUACUUUUAGACGAGGCUACCAGUGCAUUGGACGCUGAGAAUGAGUUCCUGGUCCAGGAAGCCUUGGAGCGCCUGAUGGAAGGGAGGACAGUCAUGAUCAUUGCUCACCGUCUGUCCACCAUCCAGAAUGCGACCGCCGUGGCCGUACUAGACCAGCGCCGUGUAGCCGAGUGUGGCCAGCACACAGAGCUUCUUGGCAACAGGCAAGGACUGUUCAGAAAACUGAUGGAGAAGCAGGCAUUUCUACAGGAAGAACAGAAGCGAGCCCUGCGCUGAGAGAACAGGGGAGUAUAGACAAGUGGAAUAGGAGGAGGAAGAAAUCUGGAGGUGAGAUCAAUGGCUGGGAAAAACCAGUUUUGCUCCAGAGCGGGUUAAAAUGCCCCCUGUGUUAAGAGACGGGAGGGGGGGGACUUUAAAAAAAUAUAUUUUUUCUGGAAUGGGAGAGAUGCAAAAAAGCUGAAGGAAAGCAGAACUUUCCACAGGAGGACUGCAGAUGGGAGAUGUGGAAGCCACUGAGAAACAAAGGGAUUUCGAGUCCCUUCACUACUAUUGACUAUGUAGCAUCAAAUGAGGAGAUAUUUGGAAAGGAAACACAAGGUAAUCCACAAUGAAGCCCUAACAAUUGAAACAUAGAUUAAUGACAUGACCAAGAUGCUGUAUUUUGAAAAUAUCUAAUCCUACACUGAAAAAAUAAAAUAGACAGAGAGACUGAGAGUGAAAAGGAGACAGGCUGAAGACUGACACUCCUCACACUGGAGGCUCGCGGCCAACAUGGAAUUCAAAUCACUGUCACUACUGUAGCUUUGGGGAAAAGCCAUCCGGAAUGAAUUUGGUGCAAAUGACAAAUCUCUCUUUCCUUCUCUGCUGUGGGACACUUUAGUUUGUGAUCACUUUUAUGCUUUUCAUAACUAAACCAAAAACAGUCCAGUAUGUUGGAUACAUAUGUAUUUGUCGCCAUGUAUUAAGUUAUUUAACUUUACUCUAGAUUACGUGCAGAGUUUUAGAGUUUAAACAAGCCAAAUGAAGCAGCUGCUCAUCAUGUUUACACUUCCUGCUUUAAAAUAUAAAAGGUCUGAAAAACAGAAAACCAACAUUACAGCUUGUACAUCUGGCUGUACAACUUUUCUGACUGUAUAUUGUUUACCCAGUCUCUCAGUCUGUGACAUUGUCCCCUCCAUGCGCUGUUCACUGGUAAGUGUGUACAGGAUAUCCACUUUGCCUGCAUUAAAUUCCAUAUAAACAGCUCUUAAACCACGUACAUUUUAGCCUCUGCGCUGUUGAGCCAGCUAAAUAUUAUAGCUGGCUUAGAGAGCCUGACUAAGGAGUAACGAUUCUCCUCAGUAAAUAUUUGGCUUGUAAAUGCCCACUUCACCGCUCAGGGCGAGUCUAGAGUGGCCGUUUUUUUCUUGCUACACCAGACGUGCAAAUGCCUUGAGCCUUACUUCUCCAUCACCCCGGAGGGAUUCUAGAUUGGGUUUUUUCUACACUCGCGUGUCAGAAACAACUCAGCCCAGUUGGACAUGUUGGACAUCCUCUGUUUAUUGAGCUCAGACCUGUACCGUGUAGCUGGGGACACUUUUGAUUUGUUGCCAGCCCAAGUGCAUUUAACAGAUUAUGUCACCACAAGGACUUCUCAAUGGCUCAAACACUAACAUUGAUUUUUAAAACAGGUUAGUACAGUGGAAGAACUCUCUGGUACAUCAGUUAGAUCGAAUUUAUUUACAGAAAUAUGACGGCAUAUAAUCCACAGUUUUCCCUGUAAAAUUUUUUUGACUACUAUGACAAGACUGCAAAUGUUGUACAUUUCUCUGAGGGUUUGAUGCCAAUUGGAAAGUUUGUUUGUUUUUUUUAUGAUAGGGAUCAGAAACAUAAGUCACUGUGGAUGUAACUUUUCAUUCACAAUUCAUUCACGAGAAAGUGAUGCAUGGAGUGUCAGGAUGAAUUCAUACAACAUUGAUCAUUGGCCAGCAGCCAUUUGAAUAGUCUCAUACUAUUGUCUGUAUACCAUAGUCCUCUCUUUCUGGUUUUAUAUAUUUAUUUAUUACAGUAUGUAGACUGUAUAUCAGUGAACAUAUUCGUUACAAGGUGAUUAGUUAUGGACAGUUUUCUUCUUGUUUUAUUUUCUUUACUUGUACUUUAUUUGUACUGUACUACAAAAGGCAAAUCGUUUUUUUACUCGAAUCACAAUAGAUUUUCAUGUCAUCACGUCUAAUUCUACAUUUCAAAACCAAAUUUCACCUCAAAUGAUGCAAUUAACAUCGUCUCUGGAUAUCACAUGUCUCAAUUAGUUGUAUGAGUAGUUUCCAGUGGUCCCUCCGCCCCCUAUUGGUGACAGUACCAAACCUCUGAUCCAUUAUAUUAAAUAGAAAGAAGAUCUGUUUUGAUUGAGAUGAAAUUUGCCUGUUGCCUCCACUUCACCUCUCACCCUGGUCCAAGGUAACAGCAGAAGUUGUUUGAAAGUUUGUCAGUUGAUAAUGGGUCUAUGUCUGAUUAUAAAUCACAGAAGACAGCUAUCUUGUAUGUUAUGAGUUAUAAAUAAUAUGACCUAAAUGAUGUACAUGUAUGAUAGAUUUUUUUAUGUGUUUUGUGUUUGCUAAAUUAUUAUACUUCUAUGUA